AUGGGCACUACCCUCGAGUGCAUCAUCUGUCCUGGACGGCCGCAGUUCAGCGAUGUCUCCCACCUGUUGACCCAUGCCGGCUCCAAGGCUCAUUUGGCCAACCACUUCAAGCUCAAGCUUCGCACCGACGAUUCUAACUCGGUCGAGCUUCUCAAGCGAUACGACCAGUGGUUUGAUAACAAUGGCUUUGCGAAGCUGCUGUCUGCUCGCAUGACCAGCAAAGAAAUUCGGAAGAAAAGAAAGGACGAAGCAUCGACUUCCAACACCACUAACGCCACCAAACGCACAAGGAGCCGAGCAUCCAUCGUGGAGCCCGUGGAGCCUGAGGGCUCCAGCACUCCUGCAAUGCCAGCCACCCCCAACCCUGAUUACCUCGAUCCUCGCCUGGCCGAUUCUCACAAUGACAACCAGCAACAUGCGGGUACAACCCUCGCACCCAGCACGCCAAACCAGUUGCCUAUGGCGAACAGCAGUGCGAAAUCUCGAACUGGUCCGAUUCUCCGCUCGAUGCGAUCGUCUAAUGGCACAAACCUGUUAAUGCUUCUGAACUCUACGAUGAAAGCCAAUCAUUGGCUUUGCCUAAAGACACCGAUACAGCGCCGACACAAACCGGAACCUUUGGAGAGAACAUGGAUUACCAACAAAGACACUCCUGAUCCUUUUAUCGACUCUGGUGAUCAGACCCAGGCAUCGGGUGAUGCUGAGAUGGACAAGACUCGGGCUGAAGAAAUCGCAAGACUCAAGGGCGUUCUAUGGCCAGGCAUGGAUAUUUUUGAUUCCGCCACGGUGCAGAUGCGUCGUCGUCGCAACCAGAAGAAGGACAGUGGUGUACUGAAGACCAUGGAACAAACUUCUUUGCUCGUGGAGCCUACAGAACAGGUCUAUUCCCCUCGCGGAACUCUGUUGACGGAGCGUGAGAUCACGGGCAAUGUGGAGGAAUACAGCCCACUGAAAGGGGAGACUCCGAUUCCCAAGCGAGGCCUCGCUCGUACCAGGAGCACACGUCUGUCCAAGGCUGAUCCCAACGUGCCCCGUGCCGCGGACAGAAAGCGACAGAAAACCGACAAAGACCGCAAGGACGUGGCAGAGGAAGAGGCCAACGAAGAGCACAAGGCUUCCCGCCGCUCGCGCCGCGCAGCAGCUCACUCUUAUGUUGGUGACGAUGAAGAGAUUGGUCUUACUGUGAACGCCUUUGGCAAACGGCCGAGGGGUGGCUUCGACGUUUUUGUUGAUGAGGGAAAGGAAGAAGAGCACAGCAAAACAUCUUAUCAGCAACCGGGAUUCAGAACGCAGUUUGACACAUUGACCCCCACUCGCCUUGUUUUGAACGGAAAGACCAACACUGGUAUUCAUGCCCCGAGAAUUGGGCACGCAUCCCUUGCCAAAGAGAACAUUGAGCCUAUUCUGAACCCCCAAGGCCGAAUUGGCCCCCACGGUUGGAACUCCCCAUUCGCUAAACGCCCUGACUCCGAUGACUUUGGAUUCGGCCCCUCAUACCUUCCUGAUCUUGGUGAUACAUAUGACGUCUUUGACAAGGCUGGGUAUCGCUCCAACCCUCUGCAAGCCCCCUCGAAGCACCCUUUCUAUGAGAGCCAGUAUGAAGAGGAGCAUACUGCAGCCCAGGAUGGCUGGCUUCCAGUGGACCAGAUAGUUCCAUCCGAAGAAACCAUCCCCGAAGACGACCAGAUCUUUCAAACAUACUACUUUUCUACCGAUGCGAACUAA